CACCGUUCACCGAGUUUUUAACAAGACACGAACUUCUGAAGUAUUUAUUUACUGAAGUCAGGUGUAACGCUGGUUAACGAUCACAAUUUAGGCUCUAAAUCGCUGUUAUGGUACUAAACUCAGAAAUACAUGAAGCUUCACUAACUAAACUGCAAAAGCAACAAGGAUAAAGUUUAACACAUCCAGAACUGAAGCAGUCAGGACCAGCUUUGUGAUUUUAAUAAGAAUAUUCAACAAUAACAAAGGACUGAAAAACAGCAAAUGAGGACGGAGAGAGAUGCUACAAACUGGUCUUCAGAGAAAUUAAAAGAGCUUAUGAUGGGGCUAAACGUAGAAAACGAUGAAGGCAAGUGUGAGGUCACAGAGGUCAGCAGUGUAGAAGGCGAAGCUUCCAUCAACAACCGGAAAGGAAAGCUUAUAUUCUUCUAUGAGUGGAAUUUAAAGGCCAUAUGGAAAGGGACCUCAAAAUCAGGAAUCAAAUACAAAGGAAAUGUCGAAAUUCCAAAUCUGUCAGAUGAAAAUGAUAUGAAGGACCUUGAUAUCAAUGUGACUCUUUGUAAAGAUGAGCCCGACACACCACUUUAUAGUCUCAUGAGGAAGGAAGGGGCAAAUAAAAUCCGUGAGGCACUGAGCAGCUACGUUGGGCUUCUUAAAUCAGAGUUUACACAGGGUAUGAUCCUACCCACAGCCAACGGUGUAACUAAACAACCAAUAGCUCAAGCAAAUGUCAAAAUGGACAAGACUAAAAUUGGCUCCAGUGGCACAGCACCUCCUCCCUGCACAGGAGUCAAGAUUCCCACUUGCAAGUUCUCUCUGACUGAUACUUUCCUUACUUCCCCUGAUGAGCUUUACAGAGUGUUCCUCAAACAAGAAAUGGUGCAGGCAUUUACACACACAGCUGCUGUGGUUGAGCCAGAAAAAGGAGGCAAGUUCCGUUUAUUGGAUGGAAACGUCUUUGGGGAGUUUCAGGAACUGGUUUCUGACGAGAAAAUAGUCAUGAAAUGGAGGUACAACACAUGGCCGAGCGGGCACUACGCAACAGUGACGCUGACCUUUACAGACAAGGUGAAUGAGACAGAGCUAAAGAUCGAUUGUCGAGGCGUGCCCGAGAGCGAAGAGGACCGCACACGGGAAGGCUGGCAGAGGUACUACUGCCAAGCCAUUAAACAGACAUUUGGCUAUGGUGCACGACUCUACUGAGUUUCACCCACUGCAAUUUUUGGCUGUUUUUCAUUAACUUUUUUUGUUGUUCACAUGUACAAAUGAGAGGACCGGAACUUGACUCUAUUGAAUAGCAGACUUAGUAUUGCUUCAUCUUCAUGUCUUUUUUCUGGUUUCUGUUUUUAAAAUCCAAACAUCGGAACAGAAAAAGAACUGGUAAAAUAAUUGACAUGGAGAAGGAGAGAAAAGGUCUGAAGCUUUUUUUGUGUGUUACCUCCAUAUGUGUGUAAUGAGAGUUUUUAUUGUAGCAUGAUAAUAUAAUAAUUCCAUCUGGCACUCUUAAUUUCCUGUAAUGACGUGCAGACAGAAUGGUGCUUUUUUGGUUUGAGAGUUGAUAUGUUAUGGCCGUUUUCUCAAACUGAUUCAUGUCAAAGGUGUAAUGAUUGUAUGGACUAAGAAAAAAUGAAUGAACUGUUAAACCACUACAUUAAUCAGAUUUUAUUUGAUUGGAUGUGAUGGUUAAAAUUGUUGGUAAAUUUAAGCUUAAUUUCUGUAUGUUUGUCAACAUCAUGAUCUGUGUUAUUACAAUGUAAAUUUUCACUGAUACUUUUAUUAUUUGACAACGGAAG